UUUUGGAACACCAAUUUGCUUCUUUGAUCUUCACACUUCUUGGGGAAGCCAGGAACUCAGGUUUCUGCAAGAUGGUAGCAGAGGAAAGGAAGCUCUUUGAUGUUGAAGAUGGUGUUCUUGGGCUCCAUCACAGUUGCUGCUUCACCAUUGCCAUUACUUUUUGGUUGUCAAUUCUGGUAUUUGCUAUUAGAACAGAUGCUUAUGAUCCACUGGACCCAAAUGGGAACAUAACCAUUACAUGGGAUGUGAUGUCAUGGACUCCUGAUGGUUAUGUGGCAGUAGUGAAGAUGCAAAAUUUUCAAAUGUACAGGCAUAUCAUGAGCCCAGGAUGGACCCUUGGUUGGGUGUGGCCAAAGAAGGAAGUGAUAUGGUCAAUGGUGGGUGCCCAGACAACAGAUCAGGGUGACUGCUCUCGUUUCAAAGGGAACAUUCCACAUUGCUGCAGAAAGGAUCCAACUGUGGUCGACUUUCUUCCUGGUGUUCCAUACAACCAGCAGAUUGCAAACUGCUGCAAAGGCGGGGUCCUGGCGUCUUGGGGCCAAGACCCUCCAAAUGCUGUUUCUGCAUUUCAAGUGAGUGUUGGACAAGCUGGAACAUCAAACAAGACCGUGCGGCUUCCGAAGAACUUCACACUGUCAGCUCCUGGACCAGGUUACUCAUGUGGACCUGCAAAGAACGUGAAGCCUUCCAUAUUCUUGUCACCUGAUGGUCGCCGCAAAACACAAGCCUUGAUGACAUGGAAUAUAACUUGCACAUACUCACAGAUGCUAGCACAAAGGUAUCCAACUUGCUGUGUCUCAUUCUCCACCUUUUACAAUGACACAAUUACUCCUUGUCCUAACUGCGCAUGUGGCUGCAAGAAUAACAGCACCUGUGUUAAUGGUGAUUCACCUCUUCUCACCAAGCCUGGGAUCAAUACUCCAAGGAAGGAUAAUACACCACUGUUGCAAUGUACGCGGCACAUGUGCCCAGUUCGAGUUCACUGGCACGUAAAACUCAACUACCAAAAGUACUGGCGUGUGAAGAUUGCAAUUACUAACUUCAAUUAUAGGAUGAACUACACAGAUUGGACCCUUGUGGUUCAGCAUCCCAACCUAAACAAUGUCACGCAGGUGUUUAGUUUCAGUUACAAACCUCUACUGCCCUAUGGAUCAAUAAAUGAUACUGCAAUGUUCUACGGGAUCAAAUACUACAAUGACUUGCUUAUGGAAGCUGGACCACAAGGGAACAUACAGUCUGAACUACUAUUAGAGAAAGAUGCUCAGACAUUCACCUUUAAACAGGGAUGGGCAUUUCCGAGGAAGGUCUACUUUAAUGGUGACGAGUGCAUGCUGCCACCACUAGAUGCUUAUCCUUACCUGCCCAAUAUUGCCCCUGUAAAAGUCACACGAAAGGUGCUCACCUUUUUGGCACCGAUUACAGUCUUGAUUUGUUUAUUAAAUUUUGUGUAACAGAAACAUCAGAGGGAUAAGUGUAUAAGAAUCAUGAUCGUGAGCCUUAGUUUUGAUGAAUGUAGAAAGAAAGAUUUUGGCCACUUUUUAGAAUAA